AUGACUGGCUAUUCGAAACUUAUUUUUAGGAAUCCAAUUAGCGACAAAUACGUGUGCACAUACUGCAAAUUGAUAUUACGUGAUGCAGUGCAAACAUUCUGUGGCCAUCGAUACUGUAACGGUUGUGUGGAAGAUAUUUUAAGCAAGCCUGGAAACCAUGGCUGUCAGGCAUGUAGUGAUGAGCACGACGAGAACUAUGUAAUAUCAUCAGAAGAGAUCUUUCGAGACAGAGCAAUCAAGCGUGAAUUAAGUACCAUGUAUGUGGAGUGUUACAAUGAUAAAUGCAUGUGGAAAGGCAACUUUGCAGAUUAUGAGAAACAUCACAUGAAUGAGUGUCCGCAAUAUCCUGUAAAAUGUCAGCAUUGUGGACUUGCUGAUUUUUUGCGAGAAGAGUUAAAACAACAUCAAGACCCAACUAAUGGAGACUGUGAAGUGAAAAUAAUACCUUGCACUUACAACGCCAUCGGAUGUGAAGCAAUGAUUCCAGCUGAAUGUAUGAAUGCGCAUUUGGAAACUGAACUGCCUGAUCACCAACAAUAUUUGCUGAAGGCAUAUCUAAACACAAAUGCAUUGGUUAAAAAUACAAGAGAAAAUAAAAAAGUGGUGCAGCAACUGUUAGAGAAGUGUGAAACACAGGUGGAAAAAAUAGAAGAGAUUGAGAAGAGUUGCUCAAAGAUAGAAACCGACAUACCACAAAUUCUGCAAAAUGCAUAUCGAGGCUGCUCGGCUCGAGGUGAAUUUGACAAGGAACAAAUAAAACAGAAAGAUAGGAUGAUUGUAGAGAUAAAUAACAAGCUAACCACACUCAGUACUGAAUUUGUCGCAAACGAGGCGAAUAUCACUGUACUCAAUGGUCAAAUUGAAACAGAUGCACAUGUUGUACAGGCCAUGGAGAGAGAACGCAUUAAAACCAGAGGUCGGAUAGAGUCUCUCGAAAGAAAAAUCAAAUCCCAAGACCGUAUCAUUGCGCUGAAAGAUGUAACUCUAGCUGAACAAGAUCUGCGAAUACAGUCGCUGGAGAUGGCUUCAUACGAUGGUGUAUUGGUAUGGAAAAUUUCCGACUUCAAUCGCAAGAGAAACGCCGCCAUAUCUGGGCUUACUACAUCUAUCUAUUCGCCUUGCUUCUUUACCAGUCGCCAAGGUUACAAGAUGUGUGCUCGAAUAUAUCUGAAUGGAGAUGGAAUGGGCAAAGGAAACCAUGAGAGAAUGAGAUCCCCUAGCCUGCCCUCAUUCAAGGGAAAACAGGACUAUGCUGAAUGUAGUAAAAUAGCACAAGGUUUUCUAUUGUGUGGUGCUUUCAAUUAUAUCUCGAUACCAUUCAAUCCAGCACGGCAAGAUGAAGGACAGGGAAUGGAAAUCACAUUAAUACGAAAUAAAACAAGAUAUCACAACAUCUCCCAACUUUCAGAUUGUUUCUGUUUGUUAGCUACUAUAUCGAUUUUAAAAGAUGAGUUUUUUAAUAAAGCUGGAAAUCUUGCUAGUGGAUACACCAGAAAGAAGAUCCGGAAUACAGAUGAAAUUAUUGGAUUGAAAAAUGGUUGGCUGUGCCCAGCAAAACUGAUAUGA